AUGGAAAAAGAAAACUCAGAUGAAGAGCAGGAUUCGCUGAUAAGGCUGGGCGAAGAUAAGAGCUUUUUACGGACCCUGACGAGGAAUCAGCGAUACAGCUUGACAAGGAGGAUACAGGCAGAAUAUGAUAGAACAAAACGAAACAAGCGCUCGACCCUGCCAACUGCUUGGACAGAAAAUCAACAAAUCGAGUCCGAUUCCGAAAAAUCCUCAAGUUUGCCAACCAAGCUUCAUGAAACGGUUCCGGAAGAAACGCAAAAUUGCCGACAUCAACUUCGAUUUGAGCAAGAAACAACGAGAAAAUGGGCAACUGCCAUUGUCAUACCGCCGCGGACGGGAAAUGUGAGCUUUUCGGACCUCGGGGAGCGGGAUAUGGAAUUUGUGCAGACUGCUUGCAUUUUGCACGCAGAUGCCAUUCUACGAUCCUUGCGUGAAAGACAGCUCAAAAUACCAAAGAAGACGGCUGUUUCGACAGAAGGUGACCUCUUCGAAAUUGACCAAGAUACCCUCUUAAAUGUCGAUCGGCACAAAUUAGGCGCUCCCUGGCGUCAAGUUCCGCUCCUCAUUGACCUUCUAUGCAAAAAUACGGAGGAAAUGGCCGCUACUCCUGGAAUCUUCAGAACCUGUCCGUCGAAAAAGACGAUUGUCGAUGUAAAAGAAAAAUUAGUUCAUUUGUACAGAGAAGAUCGCGCGUAUUUCGACAUUGAAGUGAGGGAGAUUUUGGACGAAGAAGCGUUCAGAAAUCCGCUCAUCAAAGGCGGAUUACUAAAAGAGAUCCUCGCUUCGUUUCCCGAACCACUGUGCAUCAAGAGCUUUUCGCCUGGAUUUGAAGCCGUUGCGAAAUUAAAAGAUCUUCAGAGUCAACUCGAGCUCCUGAAUAUGCUUUUCCUCACGCUUCCUACGACAAAUCAGUACAUUCUCCGAAAGCUUCUACGACUCUUCAAGAGAAUAUCCGAAAAUGACGAGGAAAACAAAAUGUCUGCGAAGAACAUCGGAAUUUGCUUCGCGCCGACCCUUUUUGUUGAGAAACAUUCAAAGCAUCAAAAAACAAGUGCCUCUCAAAUAGCAUCGAUGCAAGCAAAAAUGGACUCGCUCAUUCUCGCCCUGGAAAUCAUGGUCGAAUACCACGAGAUCAUCACUUUGGUCCCCAAAUCGAUCGUCAAUCAACUGCGAAAAUACAAGAUGGAAAUGGACAAAAACAGAAUCCCUUCCCGCGGCCUCUGGAAGAGCCUCCUCCCUUGGAAAAAGCAAAAGGAGUUUUCAGAGCAUUCGAUUCAGAAACUCAUUUCGGAGUCGAACAAGUUCAUUGCUCCUGUGGCUGGUGGGGAGAACAUGAGCCACAGGACGAUAAUGUUGAAUAUUGAGGAUGAGAGAAGAAUUCAGUAUAAAACAGUGCCGUAUUCUUUCGAUGAAGCUACAGUAGUGAAGGACAUGAUGCGAACUGUACUCGGUCGUCACAGUAAAAAUUCAUUGUUUCUUGAACGCGAAGGAAACUUACUGGAAGAAAGAUCUGUUCCGAAAACCGCGAAUCUGAUGAGCGUCUUUUUGGAGAACAAAGGUGCCGAUUUUGUGCUACGAACAAUGCCCCUUGAGUUCAAAACCAGUGAAGACUGA